CUGCACAAGUCACGAUUUGAAGCAGAACUUCUGAGGAACUGAAGGUCUGAUAGAGGGAAUCCCUAAGAGAGCUACUGUUUGUAGACUCUUGGUCUAGUUGUGACAGCGCAGCUCUGAUCAAAUGAAAGCUUCACGUGGACUUUAUCUGUAGCUGUUGCUGAGCGUUCCUCUUUGACACCCAACACCUGACUGCGCAUAAGUGGAGGAGAGCAGAGAGAGGGAGGAGAGAAGAGAAAAACAGCAGGAGGAGGGUGAAAUCUUUCCAGACUAUAUGGAGGAGCCACAGGCUGCGCACAGCACGUUCCUCUAUAGUUUGAGAGGAUAAAAGAGGGAAGAUUGAGAUUACUGCUGCAGAGAUUUCGGAGGUGAGGGCAAGUGGAAACUUAUUGACUUCUUUGACGUCGACACUGGGGUGGAGAUGAGAAUAAAGUGAUUUUAAUCCACAGGAGGCACAGGAAUGUGGAGGAGUGCCGUGCUUUAAAUCCUUCAGAAAAUAGGUCAUUUUCUUAUAGAUAAACUUACUUUCAAAUACUUUACCUUACAAAACCGAUUUUUGUAGGAGGGAGAGAUCUGAGGACUGGAUCGGAUUUGAGAAUUCGAGGCUUCAAAGACAUCUUCUGCUGCAAUUCUUUGGAGAAAAACAUGCAUACAUAAAAAAACAAUCAUGCAGACUUGCUAUUCCGUACAAUCUGGAAUGAUGAACCUCACAGGAGAAGCAUGUCAGCUUUACUCUCGUGUGCGGCGCUCUGAGGAGUAGUGCUGGGAACGAAUUCACUUCUGGCAUUAAAUUAGAAAUUUAUCACAGCGGAUCAUUCCUGACCCACUCUUUCAGAGCAUGCGGCUUAUUUCAUCUUCCCCUCUUGCUUUUGGAGCUGUGGGAGUCUUCUUUGGAAAAUAAGAGCAGGUGGUUGUGCUUACAGACAGCAAAAAAAAUUGAAAUAUUUAAGACUCUGACUGUGAAUGAUGCAAUUAACGAUUUAUGAAAACCGGCUGUGAUCAGUAUGCAUAGGUUGCCUACGUUCACUCGGAGAACUGUGGGAGUGAGUUAAGACAAGAGGAUUAAUGACUGACAGCAAUAUCAGGUUUGCUGUAUGGUACCAAGGAGUACAUCCUGUGCAUUAGGUUGUUUGCUUCUGGCUGAAUUUAGAAACAGCGAGUGUGGCUCAUUCUUGAUAUUUUUCCUUGUUUCCUCAUUAUCUCUUGCUCCCAUCACGCCUCAUUUGGAGGAACAGGUUGCUGUGCUUUUUAGCAGAUUUAUAUACAACAUUGUUUCCAGGACUGCUGUGCCUUUGGAAUGAACAGUUAAGGCAACUUGUAUGGGUCAACAAAACUCUGAUUGAAUGUUCAACCACCCAUAAUUUUUUUCUUGUCCCUCAUAACCAACAUGGUCCCACCGCCCCCUUCCAACAAGCCACAUGUUUGCCUUUCAUGUGUCCUUAUCAUGAGCAGCAUGGCGCUGCUGGACGCCUACCUUGUGGAGCAGAAUCAAGGUCCACGGAAGGUGGGUGUCUGCAUCAUGGUCAUGGUAGGGGACGUGUGCUUCCUCAUUGUGCUGCGGUACAUUGCUGUAUGGGUCGGUGCAGAGGUACGAACUGCUAAACGUGGCUACGCCAUGAUCCUUUGGUUCUUCUAUGUCUUCGUGCUUGAGAUCAAGGUAUAUUUUGUCUACCAGAACUACAAGGCAGAAGGUGAGAGAGCGGAUGCUCUUACCUGCAAGGCUUUGACAGUGAUGCUUUCUGUGUUUGUCCCGGGACUUUACAUUACGCUGGCAGCCAUCGAUCACAUGGAAUACGUUCGUCCGCUCAAGAAGAGGGAGGAGUUGAGGAGUCGGCUGUUUUGGGUUGUGGUGGAUCUUCUUGACAUUUUGGACAUUCAGGCCAGCCUAUGGGAGCCUCAGCGAAAAGGGCUCCCUCUAUGGGUGGAGGGCCUUACUUUUUUCUACUGCUACAUACUACUUCUAAUACUGCCGUGUGUGUCACUGAGUGAAAUUAGCAUGCAAGGUGUGAACAUUGUGCCGCACAAGAUGUUGUUGUAUCCCAUUCUGAGUCUGGUCGCCAUUAACUUUAUUACUAUUUUUAUACGAGGAGGAAAUAUGGUGUUUUAUAAGGACAUCCGAGUGUCAGGAAUACUCAUGGGUAAGAACGUCCUCGCCAUUGUCCUGAAAACCUGCAGCUUUGUGCAGUACCGGAGACACCUGCAGGAGGCGCCAACACCCGCUCUCGCUCCAGAACUACAGAGGGACGCAGUGCCACAAAGUUCCCGAGGGGCAGUGCCAGUCGCAAUGCCCAUGCCUGUCACCAUGCCAACUCCGCAGGUAGUCAUACAAGAUCUGACCACACUUCCAGAAGAACCCGAACUUGAGGAAACAUGACAAAAUAGGGAAUGAAAAGAGUUUGCACUGAGGAUACUAGGACAAUACACA